UCCAUAACUGGGGUGAAUGGUGUCCGGCUAACCCAGUAUCCAGACCCCUGGGGUGGGAGGGAUGAUGGUGCACUGUCUCAGCCCAGUGACAUUCAAUAACUAUAAGUGGUACAGCUCUUGCAGCCUCCACCAAGAGCACGUUUUGUAGUUUUUAAUCUAGGCAAAGUAAGGAGAAGAGCAGUCACCGCUAACGGAAAUUAUUCUUCCUUUUAUGAGGAAUGGCUUCAGGUGAAGAAUUCCACUGAGUGAACAUGAGUUCCCUCUUCUUUGUCUCCUCCAAAGCAACAGUAAUGAACUGUGCUUUCCCUCCCUCUUUCCCUCUCUCCUUCCCUGUGCAAGUGUCAACUCAAGUAUGAACAAGAUGCCAUGUGAUAGGACACACCUCUCACAUCAGAACAAUCUGUAGUGGUUUUUGCAGAUUCGCAGGCAGGUUAUUCAUACGAAGACACAGACUGGAAUAAGGUGAUGUGUAUAUGUGUAUUGUCUGUUCUAGAGCUACAGAAAAACAAAGGUCACCAAUCUUCCUAGCAGUCAAGGGCUCCAGAAGAUGCAUGCACAAAUAGCAAACCUGCUAUCUUGGAGAUGGGACUAGAGGGAAAUCCAGCUUAGUAUACGGUUCAGAGGAGAGAGCAUGAAAAAGGUGAGGUUUCUUGGCACUUACCCACCUGAUCAAACCACUACAACUGCAAUCAAUAUCAAAUUCUCACAAUCUUCCAUGACUUUCAUGGCUUUUUCAUCCGUUUUCCCUUCAGAUGAUCUGAGGAAAUAACCCACUUGUAUUAUCUUCAUGUCUGUUGUGCAGAUGAAGAAAUGGUGCAUUUGUAUAUGUGAAGGGGGUUCUCUUAUCUCACAGGGCUGGGAGUCUGAGAGACACAAAAUGGUGAACCAUAGGUGCCUUUAUUUUUAUAGAAAUAAUUUAAAUCUGAGCAAGAAGCACACCUUUGUCGUAACUUCAAAAGAAGUGAAAGGAAAAACGACACAUCCUGUUUCUACAAACCCUUUUCCAGUAACUCUAAGGAAAGUCUUUAAAGGUUUAAGGGUUUGGAAAGAUACUUACCUUCAUUCAUAGUCUUCCUGUUUUCCUCUGAGGUCAAACAGAUUUAUGUGUGAAAGGACAACCUGCACUUGAUAGAGUGAAGCUAUGUGCUGCUUCUUGUUUACACCAGUUCUGCAAAACUAAUCCCAGAGCCUCUGCCUUUUCUUGUAUUUUUAAACUCAAUAAAAACACAAAGACUUGAAGAGAAGACUAUAUGGAACAUUUUAAAUGCUUCUUCAAAGGGUGAUUUGCUACAGUGUUUUCUCAUUAAAGUAGAGCAUCUGCUGAAAUAAGAAAGAAAUUGUGCACAAAGCAAAUGAAAAUUCUGGAAAAUCUAAAGUCAAGAGAGUUAAUCUGAGGGUUAACAAUGUUCAUGGUGCAACCAAGCUCAGAUCUGUCUGCUAUCUGUUCCCAAGUCAAUAUCUUCAUUCAAGGACUUCCCUCUGCCACCCUACAAAUUCUUCUCAGUGGUACCCAAGUUCUGAUGGGAACAAGCUCUGACACUUAGAAGUGGACAAGUAAGUCCAAGUGGACAAGAACAAUCCAGUUGCAUUUCCCUGAAGCUGCCCUUGAACACAGGGCAAGAAGAGGCUUCUGGGAUCAUCGAGGCUUGCCCUGGAGUCCAGUUCCUGGACUCAGCAGGAGACACAAGAGCAUAAAUCAUGUUUUUCAAAGCAAACUCCCCUGUGGACCAUUUACAGACUAUCCUCACCUGUCCCUAGAGCCUCUUGAGCAGGAGAUGGCCACCCGCCAGCUCCUCGCAUGCUGACCCACUUUUCCUGAGAAAUCAGCAAGGGAGAGUUUCACAGACAAGAGGAAAUCCCUAAACAGCAUGCAGCCCACAGAGCGGAAAGUUUUUUCUUGGGUUCGUUAUGUUUUGGUUUUUUUUUUUACCCAACUUCCCAAUGAAUGUAUUUGGCAGCUCACUGUCCCUGUCAGCACAGGAUCCCAGAGGAAGCCAGAGCUGGGAGGGCUCUUCCUGCCCAGGGGAAGGCUUCCCAGGAGCGUGAGGGAUUUACUAAUCGCCACCUUUCACUCCCUCGUCCCUCUCUGUGUCCCACUGAAGGCCAUGUGCAGUGGCAAGCUGCAGACAGGUCUGCUGGUGGCUGGCUACUUUGUGUACCUGCUGGUGGGUGCCGCGGUGUUCCAGGCACUGGAGAGGACCGCGGAGAAGCAGGAGAAAAUGGCAGCUGCCCAGAUGAAGGAGGCUUUUCUGCAGAGCUUCAGGCAGCUCACGGUGGUGGAGAUGGAGCAGUUCAUGAAGAACCUGACUGAAGCCAUUCAAAAUGGAGUAUACCCUGUUGGAAAUGAAUCACGGUUUGAAGAGAGCAACUGGGAUUUCAGUAACUCCUUCUUCUUUGCAGGCACAGUUGUCUCCACAAUAGGCUAUGGCACGUUACAUCCCAGAACUGUUGGGGGACAGAUCUUCUGUGUGUUUUUUGCUCUCUUUGGAAUCCCUCUCAACAUUGUUUUUCUGCACCGUGUUGGUAAGAUGCUCUCACUGCUGUGUAAAAAGCUGGGGAAAUUCCUGUAUGAGAAAGGAAUGAGAAAGGCAAACAGUCUGGCAGGAAUUACUUUUCCUACUAUCGAGUGCUGGUGGCCAUUUGGAUUCUUUUCGGCCUUGCCUGGAUUGCUCUGCUGUUUAAUUUAUUGACAACGGUACUAGAAGAUACCGAAAAAAUAAUUGUCAAGGAUCUCCAGCAAAUUGGAAAGGUGAGUAAGGACAAUGGAGCAAGCCAGCAAAGAAGAUGCUGGCCUGUUCAGUUUAUUCCAGA